AUGGAAGGAGAGGAGCUAGCUGCGUUUGCUGUGGACUUCUACUCCCGUCUCCAGGCGGUCAGCCAGGCAGCUGUCUCUGAGGGGAUGUACCCGGCCAGAUUGCUGGACUCCAUCCAACUAUUGCCCCAACAGGCCAACAUGGCAUCCAUACUUCCCAACGCUAUAGUCAACAGUAAGUACAACGUAAAGCUUAGGAGACUAUGAAAUAUGUGUGUGUGCGUGCGUGUCCUUCCAUGCAUAGGUUUGUGUGUAGGUGUGUGUGUGUGGUUGUGCAUGCAUUCGUAGGUGUGUGUGUGUGCGUACAGUAUGUUUGUGUAUUUUUGUGUUUGUGCAUGCGAAUGUGUGUAUGUGUGUGUUGGUGUAUCAUUAAUGAGCUAUCUCAGUUUAGAUGAGUCUGUUUGGCAGGGAUAAGAGCCUAGGGGUUCUCCUUGACCUUCAAUUAAUGUUGAAAUUAAGUAUUUACUCUUCACCUACAUAGACAACACCCCCAUCAAACAACAGCCCAUUUACUCUGAUUAAGGUCUAUUGGGUUCAGGUCAUCGCUGUUUGACAGUCUAUUCCAGCCCUGGUAAAAAAUUGAAGAUAACUUACGCUUAACCAGUUUCCUCACCCAAGAGACAGCACUGGUGCUUCUUUUAAUCCCACUCCCCUCUCCUUCCACCAGAUAUAAAUAAAGCCAGAUUAAAAAAUAUAUUAAAUUAAGUACAGUGAGAUGUGAUUCUAAUGUCUAUGUGUGUGUAUUCAUCAUAAGUGUUUGGAUUUAUACAACACUUUUCCAAUGCCCAAAGCACUGUACUAAGGGAGUGAACUCGCCUCAUCUCUGUCUUUCUGCAGAGGACAUCUUCCCUUGUAAGGCGUGUGGGAUAUGGUACCGCAGUGAGAGGAACCUGCAAGCUCAUCUGAUGUACUAUUGCAGCAGGAGACAGAGGGACUCAGUCUCAGACAUGAUGACAGAGCAGUUAGACAGGAAGACUGGUCCCCAUCACAUGACCAACGUAGGCCCUGGCCCCUACCCACACUGCAAUAUAACUGGACCAGCACAGCAGGCCUUGGAGAUGCACUUGAACACCCACAAUGGUGAGCAGAGAGGAGAAUAUGUUGACAUCAUGAUGGUACUGUCAAAUUAUUGUCAAUUUGAUAGUGUUCAUUUCCAAUACAGUGAGACAUUUACACAGCGUAUAUAAAACAUUAGGAACACCUUCCUAAUGUUGAGUUGCACCCCCCUCUCAGAACAGCCUCAAUUCUUCGGUGCAUGGACUCUACAAGGUGUCGAAAGCGUUCCACAGGGAUGCUGGCCCAUUUUGACAACAAUGCCUCGCAAAGUUGUGUCAAGUUGGCUGGAUGUCCUUUGGGUGGUGGACCAUUCUUGACGCACACGGGAAACUGUUGAGCAUGAAAAACCCAGCAGCGUUGCAGUUCUUGUCAUACUCAGACCGGUGCGCCUGGCACAUACUACCAUACCCCUUUCAAAGGCACUUACAAUUUUUGUCUUGCCCAUUCACCCUCUGAAUGGCACACACACACAAUCCAUGUCUCAAUUGUCUCGAGGCUUAAAAAUCCUUCUUUAACCUGUCUCCUCCCCUCCAUCUACACUGAUUGAAGUGGGUUUAACAAACGAUAAGGGAUCAUAGCUUUCACCUGGAUUCACCUGGUGCAUUCGGAAAGUAUUCAGACCCCUACUUUUUCCACAUUCUGUUACGUUACAGACUUAUUCUAAAAUUGAUUAAAUCGUUUUUUCCCCUCAUCAAUCUACACACAAUACCCCAUAAAGCAAACAAAGCAAAAACUGUUUUUUAGAAAUACAAAAAAUAUCACAUUUACAUACAGUAAGUAUUCAGACCCUUUACUCAGUACUUUGUUGAAGCACCUCUGGCAGCGAUUACAGACUUGAGUCUUCUUGAGUAUGACGCUACAAGCUUGGCACACCUGUAUUUGGGGAGUUUCUCCCAUUCUUCUCUGCAGAUCCUCUCAAGCACUGUCAGGUUGGCUGGGGAGUGUCACUGCACAGCUAUUUUCAGGUCUCUCCAGAGAUGUUCGAUCGGGUUCAAGUCCGGGUUCUGGCUGGGCCACUCAAGGAUAUUCAGAGACUUGUCCCGAAGCCACUCCUGCGUUGUCUUGGUUGUGUGCUUAGGGUCAUUGUCCAGUUGGAAGGAGAACAUUCAAAUCAAAUCAAAUCAAAUGUUAUUUGUCACAUACACGUGUUUAGCAGAUGUUAUAGCAGGUGUAGCGAAAUGCUUGUAAAUGCUUGAAAUGCUUGAAAUGCUUCACCCUCAGUCUGAGGUCCUUAGAGCUCUGGAGCAGGUUUUCAUCAAGGACCUCUCUGUACUUUGCUCCGUUCAUAUUUCCCUCGAUCCUGACUAGUCUGCCAGUCCCUGCCGCUGAAAAACAUCCCCACAGCAUGAUGCUGCCACCACGCUUCACCGUAGGGAUGGUGCCAGGUUUCCUCCAGACGUGAAGCUUGGCAUUCAGGCAAAAUAGUUAAAUCUUGGUUUCAUCAGACCAGCGAAUCUUGUUUCUCAUGGUCUGAGAGUCCUUUAGGUGCCUUUUGGCAAACUCCAAGCGGGCUGUCAUGUGCCUUUUACUGAGGAGUGGCUUCCGUCUGGCCACUCUACCAUAAAGGCCUGAUUGGUGGAGUGCUGCAAAGAUGGUUGUCCUUCUGGAAUGUUCUCCCAUCUCCACAGAGGAACUCUGGAGCUCUGUCAGAGUGACCAUCGGGUUCUUGGUCACCUCCCUGACCAAGGCCCUUCUUCCCCGAUUGCUCAGUUUGGCUGGGAGGCCAGCUCUAGGAACAGUCUUGGUGGUUUCAAACUGCUUCCAUUCAAGAAUGAUGGAUGCCACUGUAUUCUUGGGGACCUUCAAUGCUGCAAAAUAAAUGUGGUACCCUUCCCCAGAUCUGUGCCUCGACACAAUCAUGUCUCGGAGUUCUACGCACAGUUCCUUCGACCUCAUGGCUUGGAUUAUUUGCUCUAACAUGCACUUUCAACUGUGGGACAUUAUAUAUAGACAGGUGUGUGCCUUUCCAAAUCAUGUCCAAUCAAUUGAAUUUACUACAGGUGGACUCCAAUCAAGUUGUAGAAACAUCUGAAGGAUGAUCAAUGGAAACAGGAUGUACCUGAGAUCAAUUUUGAGUCUCAUAGCAAAGGGUCUAAAUACUUAUGUAAAUAAGGUAUUUCUGUUUUACAUUUUUAAUACAUUUGCAAAAAUGUCAUAAACCUGUUUUCGCUUUUUCAUUAUGGGGUAUUGUGUGAAUGUAAUAUAACAAAAUGUGGAAAAAGGGAAGGGGUCUGAACACUUUCUGAAUGCACUGUAUGUCAUGGAAAGAGCUGGUGUUCCUAAGGCUUUGUACACUCAGUGUAUAUGUAUAUACAGUACAUAUACAGUGGGGUCCGAAAUUAUUGACACCCUUGAUAAAAAUUAGUAAAGAUUACUGUAUAAAAUUAAUACCUGUUUUCAAUACAUUUCAAUACCUCACCUUGCAAGGAUAACAGCACUGAGCCUUUUUCUAAAAUGUUUUAUAAGUUGGAGAAGACAUCGGGAGGGAUCUUAGACCAUUCCUCCAUACAGAAUCAUUCCAGAUCCUUGAUAUCCUUUGUCUGCACUUAUGGGCUGCCCUCUUCAUUUCAAACCACAGGGUUUCAAUGGUUUUCAAGUCUGGAGACAGAGAUGGCCAUACCAAAUGUUGAUUUUGUGGCCAAAUAACCAUUUGUGGUUUUUGAUGUGUGCUUGGGGUUAUUGUCUUGCUGGAAGAUACAGUUUUAGCCUCCUGGCAGAGGGAACCAGGUUUUUGGCUCAAAUAUUCUGGUACUAGAUAAAGUUAAUGAUGCCGUUGACCUUAUCAAGGGCCCCAGGACCAGUGGAAGCAAAAUAGCCACAUAACAUCAAAGAUCUACCACCAUAUUUUACAGUAGGUAUGUGGUUAUUUUCUGCUCAUGCAUUCUCAUUUCGAUGCCAAACCCACAACUAGUGUGCGUGGCCAAGAGCUCUAUUGGUCACCCACCUCAGCACCCAGCGCAAGCUCUUCUGGAUCUGGUCCUGGGUUACUGAGCCAGCCAUCCCCUGGAUAAGCCCCCAUAGCACGUCCCACAGGCUCGCAGCAACCCUAUUGUCGUCCUCCAGUGGUGGUUGUUAUAGGGAGCUCCAUUGUUAGGGAUGUGGUGAUCGCGGAAGCAAGGACCCACUGCUUCCCUGGAGCCCGUGUUCAGGACAUUGAUCACCAGGUCCCUGCUGUGAUGGAGAAGCACCCGAAUGCUCACACGGUAGUCAUUCGUGUUAGUACAAUCUUCGUAAAUCAGAGCAAUUAAAAGCUGACUUCAGAGUGCUCAGACAAACUAAAGGAGACAGACAAGCAGGUUCUCAUUUCCGGGCCUCUACCAACAAUAGGUUGCGGAAUGGACACUUUAGUCAUCUCCUCUGGCUACACCACUGUCUUAAAUCCUACUGUUCCUCGAUGGACUGACAAUUUUGACCACUUUUGGGAGAGGCCCCAGUUUUACAAGAGGGAUGACUUGCAUCCAAAUAUGAAAGGGGCAAAAGUUAAGAGCGAGGAGGCUCUUAUAAAGCAUUGACUCAAAAACAGCCCAACCCCUGCUCAGGUCACUUUUCCCACUCCCACUAUUUCACUGCGUUAUCAUCAUUCUGCUACAGAUAACCAUAUUCCCAGGGUUAUUGUCAGUAAUAAUCUUGUGACCAUAAAGUUGAAUUCCACUGUUAGCUCUGUUACCUAUAGCCCAAUUGGGAAGCCCACUAUGGUAAGCCCGUCCAGUGCUAUUAUAUAAAAUACCAUAAAUAUAGAUACUGUCAAGGAAAUUCUAAUCAAUAAUGAGGAGAGACAGGGUCAAUCACCAAUCAGGAUAUUACUCUCUUCAAAACGUAUUAAUAAGGUAGUAAGUGAGGCUGGUCGACCCAACACUCUUGACUGUUGGGUUGAGAGCUCUGACAUACAGACAAUACAAAGAUAUUUUAUAGCAAGAUACCCACCCCCUCUCACUCUACAUGACAAACAGCAGAUGUGUGGAAUGAGUCAAAAGGUUAGGAUUUGUAUGAAAUAAAUUAAUAAUUCACAGCAGACAGUAUCUGCGGUGAAGACUGUUCUCAUUGGAUGGAAACCAGGGUUUGGCCCCCAAGACAUGGUUCUUAUCAACAUUAUCCAUACCAGAGCCAUCUCUCCUUGGUACCUUACAUUACACAAACACCAAUUCAGUCUAUGAAAAUGCAGGGUCAGUCAGAGCAGAGACAUCUCCCUCUCACACACCAUUAAUCAUGAAAUGGAAUGUGGCUGUUGGAUUUAUUACCUAGCCAUCCCUAAAUCAAUUGCCAGGCCCAACUUCAGAGGCUCCUCUCAGUUCACACAGACACAGAAGAGAGAGUUUCUAAGAACCCUAUACUAUUGCAUAAAACAGUAUUAAACAUAAUCUUGUAAUUUUUCAACCAUAUUCCCCCAUUUUGAGACUUGCGUCUCAACUUCAAAGAAAAUUACAAGGUUUAAAAAUACAUUAAUACAAAUGUAGAAAACCAAAUAAAACAUCAAACAAGUUUUAACUUAAGCAUAUAAAAAACUUAUAUAUUACCAUUGUAAAUGACCAUCCGUUGGUUUAUUGAGCUUUUAAACCUUAACAUAAAUUAUCCUUCAUUGGGAAUGAUAUAAACGUUAAAAUAUCAUUAAGAAAUUCUCAGCAAUCUAAAUCAAAGUACAUUUUUCAUCAGUACGAAACAAAAUCAUCAUGUUGCUACUGAGCAUACUCCAAUUGGUCAGCAUGGUGGAAAUAACUAUUUCGAUCCCCAUAACACCAUCUGUAGAAACUAAAAUGAGCAUAUCUUGUUGGACAAUCCAGGUAGUGACUCCCAGUUUAAGUCAAAUGUAUUCCAUUUAGUGCCUAAUGAACAUGACCCAGGAGAAGCAUAGUUCCUGAACAUUAACAUUAUCAUUAAAAAUGUAAUUUACUAAUGAAUAUACGUAGGUCAAAUAGAUUAGGAUCAGUUUCACUCUCAGGAUCAGUUCACCCUCUCCAUCCAUUCACCAAGACAUGCUGAGAAUAGUGUCAAUAUCUUUAGUACACAACUUCUUUACCCAUGUCACAAUUAGCAUAACAACAAUCAAAACAAUCAAUCCAUAAUACAUUAAUUGCUUCUCUCAUAUAGUUAUUAAGAUACUAACAACUUACUCAAAUCAAUCAGUCAGUUUACAAAUCAUAAUCAAAACCCAAUUAAUGAUCGAAACCAAAUUUAGAAUGACAAUUCUUAGUGAUUCACAUUGGUCCUAUCACUCAAAGUUAAAACCCUCAACUUAGCACACAUCGACACUGGCAGAAUGUACAUCUAUAUUAACAUACAGUAUAAUUAUCCAUAAUUCUAGUAUUAACUUCCUCAUUAGGAUUAUAAUUACAGAUCAGUAUCUCAAUGCAUUCUUAGUCUAAAUUACUAUAAAUUUAGCAGUGUGUAGACCUCCUCAAUCAACCUGAUACCCCAAAAUAAACAAUUUUAGACAAUUAUGGGCACAGUUGACCAACCCCCCCCCCCCCCCCCCCCUCCAGGCACUCGUUCUUCUGGCAUCUCUUCAUUUUCUUCUUCAGAUAGCAUUAUAGUUCAAAAUGGAUGGCCCAUGAUAAUGUCCCAAUUUCAAUGUCUCAGGAAUAAUCUGAUUUUCCCAGACAGACUAAUGUCUCACCUGAGCCCCACCACAACGCCUAUUAUGUCUAUUUGCCAACCAGUAUACCAGCAACAUUAGAGAAGUUUUGGAACGGAUCUCUCUCCAUGCUCACUUCACUCCUGUCGCACUCCUGAGACAAAAGGCAUGAGAGAAAAAGCAGUUGAUAGCUUCGAUUAGAUGCUGUGUACAGGUUGCUGGCUCGAAGUGGUGCAGGACCGUAUUGAAUGUCAUUUUCUUCAACCGGUUAGAGGGGGUUUUGAGGUUCACACCGUUCUUGGCCGAAUUAUCCCUUUCAUGCAUAUAGAUACCAUCUGUAGUCACGAUCACCAUAACCUUGAGAGAGGACAGAUCAGAACAACAGUUUAGUUCAGUCCAUUUCUGAUUCAGGAAAUCCAGACAAGCAUUGACUGUGUAAAAAAGUAUUACUUUUACCAAUAUUCUCAAUACAAAUUUCUAAGACAAAUGUCAAAGAAUAACAACACAUUCUGUUGAAACAAUGUUUUCAAAUUACAGGAUCAGGAAGUUAGACCACUAAUCCUUAGGGAGUCAUCUCGAUCAUCCAGCAGACCCAAUCUGGUGAGAUUUGUAUCGAAACAAAACAGAACAAACAACACAACAAUACACUCCUUCAUAUAUCACUCGAUACACUUCUCUAUAUCACUCAAGGUGUGUAAAACUUCAAUCCAAAAACCUUCAGAGGACUGGUAACUCCCCCAUUUUGACACAUUACUCACAAUGUGAUUAAUGUGGAAAAACAGCAACACUACUGGUGAAAUAAAAACAAAUUUAAAAUAACAAAUCCAUAAUAACUCUGUAAAGAAAGAAUUGUACCCAUACGGUCAUAGGAAAAUAGACUUAAGACAGCCUACCCUUAUUGAAAGGCAAACACCCUCUCCUUCUCCCCCGUGGACCAAAUCACAAAUAGGGCUAUGAACUAUAAAUUCAUCAUAAGUAUCAGUAUUACAAAUAACCUUCAAAUCAGUAUUACAUAUGACCUUUAAAUCAUCAUCCAAUGUUUCUCUGCUUUCAGUGAGGGAGAUCAAACCACACUAGAAAGUCACAACAGAGGUCAGAGGUCAUUCAAACCGUUCAAAGAAGUGUUUCAUUCUAUAGUAGACUAAUUAUUUAAAAACAGUCAAAUAUUUCAUAAAUUUCGUAUCCGAGGUGUACAGUAAGUCUUCAGUACAGUUCUUAUCAAAAGUUUAAUUAAAACUCAGAAAACUAAAACUUCAGAAAAUUCCAUGUGUGUGCCCCUUUAAGGUGCAUGUCAAGGGCUGAUGUGGAUGCGGUGUUGGAGACAGAAGCUUAGUCAAACCGACUUUAAUUGUCACAAAGACAAAUACAAAAUAACGGGCCUCAACACACAGGAGGCGAGCGAUUACGCAAACGGUGCGUAAAACACUAAACACUAGAAAACAAUAAACAUACACCAACGGACAGGCGUACAACAACACACAACUGCAAACAAAACCAAAGGAAACGUAUAGGUGACCUAAUCAAUACAUAAUACGAAACAGGUGCACCAACAAGACAAAACCAAACAAACAUAGAGAACAUCAAGCGGUAGCAGCUAGUACUCCGGGGACGACGAACGCCGAAGCCUGCCCGAACAAGGAGGAGGAGCAGUCUCGGCGGAAUUCGUGACAGUGCAGUCUGUCUAACCUGUGAAAAACCCACUAAACCCAAAUGAAAUAGUCCAUUCAAGAAGUCAAACACGGUAUUAAAACACUAACAAAUAUUCAUAACAAGUGUGUUGUGUGAGGGUAUUUGCAAGCCAUAGGGCAAAAACAAACAAAAAUGGCCAGGCCUUAUUUAAUUUGGUAGCUCCCUUUAUGGCUGAAUCCAAAUACCUUUAUACUUAUAAAACUGCUGAAUUUCACUAACGGCACUCCCCAGACCACAGUCUCAGGAAACAUUCCAAAGAGAGAGAUAAUGACACCCUUCUCUCCUGGAAGAGAACGUGUACAUUUCGUUAACAUUCACCAUAGCACAUCUUAAUCAGCAACCCAAACGUUUUAAUUACAAACAAAACAUGAUGAAGAUAAUUCCACUGUACUCCCUCCAAUCAGACAUUGUGUGUUUUAAUCUACCCCAUCGUUUUAUGUAUCCUUUAUUUAGCAUACAAGUAGCGAUAGUUACCGGAGUUGUAACUCCAGUUCUAUGAAUGGAGUGGAGUCCCAUAGGGGAGCUCUGCUCCUAUUGGUUUACCCUGCUGCCUAGACAGCAAAUAUCCUGAGAAAAAAUGAUGCACACACCUGCAGCCAAUAGGAGUACAGGUGUCCCUAUAUAAGGGGAUGCUUCCCCUCAAUCAGCAAUAAUGGUCGGCAGGGCCUUAAGUCCUAUGAGGCUCCGCUCCACUCAUAGAACUGGAGUUAGAACUCUGGUAACUAUCGUUGUAUAUCCUGGAGCUCCGCCCCAUAGGGAAGCUCUGCUCCUAUUGGUUUAAGGUGGAGCGCAACGUUCCAAAAUGUACUCCCUGCCGAGCUUAACACUUCCCACCUAUUGAAAAGGUCGGGCCCAGCAAUGGCUGCGACCAAGUCCCACAGUACUGUGACACACUGUGUCACAAUAUACUGUGUCCUCAGUACAAUCCGCCACACCUAGUCCAAAGGCAUUGCCAAUGUCUAGUGGGCAGAUAACCAGAAUAUGAGCCAUACUAAUCUGAACCAGCAGAUCCGUCAAUAUUACAUGACCGGUCUAAUAGUAAUGUAAACAAAAUUACAAACACUAUUUCCCUCAUCAUUCCACCCUAACCCAGUUAUACACUGGUGGGCAGCUCAACAACAUGCCUUCUACUGUACUGAGAAUAUCAGUCAGGAGUCAUGUCACAUAUGUCUCUCUCCUAGAAAAGAGCGGACCUGAUGGAGACCAGCCCCCUCAGUCCUGCAUCUUUCCUCCUAGCUCAAGUCCGCUGAGUACAGACUGAGUCAAAGAGUUAGAAGACAUAUCUAAGAGAUUGAAACGGAUAAAAGGAGACGGUGACUACCACUACGCCGCUGCGCAAAUAUCCUCUACCCCUGUUCCUCUGAAAAGGGCAGUAGAAGCCGCCACUCCACGAGUGGAGUGGGCUCUUAUACCCAGAGGCAAUGGCCGCCCUGCAGCCUCAUAAGCCAUCUCAAUGCCUUCACAAAGUCAAUGAGGCAGAUGCUGUUUAGAAAGUGGUCUACCUAGUGCAGCCGCACCGUGACACACAAACACCUGAGAUGAUGACCUAAUCACCGCCGUGCGUUCCAUGUAGCGCGCCAAGGCACGCACUGGACACAGACGAUGGAGCCGUUCCUCUCUCCUCUCACCAUGGGGAGGGGGAGAGAAGGCCCACAGCUCUACGAUCUGUGAUCUGUAUGAGCUCUUAUGCCAGGUUAGGACGUAACACCACUCUGUUCAGAUCGCCAUUAAUGGCAAGGCAGUCAGGUCUUGUCGAAAGAGCACACAAAUCAGUGACACGCUUAGCAGUGGUCAAAGCGAGCAACAGUGCCAUCUUCAAAGACAACAUCUUGAGGGGAAUUUGAUUCAAUGGUUGGAACGGUGGCUCACAGAGCGCUUCGCGUACCAAAGCCAAAUCCCACUGGGGAAGCGUGGCUAUAGGCCUUGGCCUAAGCCGCCGCUUUCCCAAUAGGAAACGUUUCACCAGAGGGUGGCUGAAGACAGUGUCUCUGCCAAACCCUUCAUGACAAGCCGAAAUCAAAAACCGUGAUCAUUUUUUUAUAAUCGAACCGAUACCGAACCAACCUCAAAAAGCACUAAUCGCUCAGCACUACCUGCAGACAAACACGCUCCCGUUAAAUGCCUUAGAGUAAAAAAUUGAAUAAAUCAUUGGUUCUCUACAGAACUUUCAGGUCUUGUUACGAUGAGAAAUCAGGUCUGGGCCAAGGCUAGAAAAACUGAUUUUGUAGCUGUCAGGCAAUUGAGAAAUAGAUGCACUUCCUCAGUCAAGAAAGCUAAAUCUAGCUACUUUCUAAGUUCUAUCUCAGACUCUGGUAGUGAUAGGUCAACAUUUCGGAAAACAGUUAAUGCACUGAAGCGUGAAAAUUCCUGUCCUUCUGUACCUAAGCAAGUUGUGUCAGACUCUGGCAUCACUACUGAGAAAAAUUAAGUGAUGCUUUUAAUCAUCAUUUUAUCUCGGCAGGCUUUUUAUUUGAAAUAAAUUGUGGUUUAACUGACCUUGGUCAGCUAGUCAACUGCCUGGCUCUUUCCCAGCUUGAUGGAAGUUCCAUCAACUUCUAGUGAAUCUUUGUUUUCACUUCAACACCUUCCUACUUGUGAUGUGCUAGACGCCUUCAACAUUUAUUUCUUUAAGCAAUGGCUUUUUUCUGGCCACUCUUUCUGCCCAGCUCUGUGGAGUGUACGGCUUAAAGUGGUCCUAUGGACAGAUAUUCCAAUCUCUGCUGUGGAGCUUUGCAGCUCCUUCAGGGUUAUCUUUGGUCUCUUUGUUGCCUCUCUGAUUAAUGCCCUCCUUGCCUGGUCCAUGAGUUUUGGUGGGCUGCCCUCUCUUGGCAGGUUUGUUGUGGUGCCAUAUUCUUUCAUUUUUUAUUAAUGGAUUUAAUGGUGCUCCGUGGGAUUUUUUUAUAACCCAACCCUGAUCUGUACUUCUCCACAACGUUGUCCCUGACCUGUUUGGAGAGCAGGUCUUCAUGGUGCCACUUGCUUGGUGGUGCCCCUUGGUUAGUGGUGUUGCAGACUCUGGGGUCUUUCAGAACAGGUGUAUAUAUACUGAGAUCAUGUGACAGAUCAUGUGACACUUAGAUUGCACACAGGUGCAGGUUCUGAAGGUAAUUGGUUGCACCAGAUCUUAUUUAGGGGCUUCAUACCAAAGGGGGUGAAUACAUAUGCACGCACCUCUUUUCCAUUAUUUAUUUUUGUGAAUUUUUUGAAACAAGUAAUUUUUUUUAUUUCAUUUCACCAAUUUGGACUAUUUUGUGUAUGUCCAUUACAUGAAAUCCAAAUAAAAAUCAAUUUAAAUUACAGGUUGUAAUGCAACAAAAUAGGAAAAAACGCCAAGGGGGAUGAAUACUUUUGCAAGGCACUGUAGCUGGUUUGAAAAUUAUUUAAAGGACAGAACACAGUGUGUAUUUACUGAUGGUGUUAAUUUAGGUUUUAUGGACAUAACAAAGGGAUCGAUUCUUGGUCUGGUUCUUUUCACUAUUUACAUGAACAAUAUUGGUUUAUUUAUAUAAAAUUCUAACUUUCACCUGUGUGCAGACGACAGAGUGGUGUAUGCUAUUGACCCCACAGCUGACCAGGCUCUGUCAAAGAUUCAAUCUGCCUUUAUUGCCCUGCAGAAAGCCUUUGUCGAACUGAAAUUUGACCUUAAUACAGUAUAUGUUAUUUUCCCAAAUCACGUAAAAAAUUAUCUGAUCAUUUAUGCAUACAUACUUUGGAUGGUGCCCUCAUUGAUUGUGUCCCCGCCUAUAAAUAUCUGUGCAUUCGGAUUGUCGAAAAGCUAUCUUUCAAAAACCAUGUUGAUGAUUUAGUCAAGAAAGUAAGAAUUAAAAUAAGCUUAUUCUAUAGGAACAGGUUCUGUCUUUCGUUAAAUAGCAGAAAACAAAUAAUUCAGUCAACAUUUAUUCCAGUUAUUGACUAUGGCAAUAUCAUCUAUAUUUAGUUGAUCAUAGCGCGUUGCGCUUUAUUACGGCCGAUAGGUUGAGUACACAUCAUAUGUUGUUGACCGCUGAACGCAGAAUGAGAGACCUCGGUUUAUUGUUUUUGUAAAGUUGUGACAGUGUUUUCUUGUAAAGUUAGAUUUUAUAUACUUUUUAAUUUUGGAUCCCGCGGCUCAGUUGGGCUCAGUUGCUAUGAACACUACUAUCUGUUCCGGGAUCCUGCCAGAUUCCAUGUAAAGAGAGAGACACAGAUACCCAGCUAGCCUAGCUGGCUCGGCAGUCUCAAAUGGAGAUCGCUAUUGAAUGUUUUCAACCCUGCAGGAGCUGUGUUUGCUUUGCUUUAUUCCGGGACAAUGUGGACCGCACAGAUUUUCAAUGUAGCAACUGUUUGCUUGCAGAGGACUACAGGGGCGAAGUGGCUACUCUUAGCAAACAAGUAGCGAACCUACAAAAGCUACUGGGGAAUCCACAUCCAUCUACUUUUUAUUUUUAUUCUACCCAAGUAGCUGGGCGCCGCUCUGGUCUGGUGGAAGUGUCGCCGCCGUGUCGGCUCUCCACAGCCGACUGGCCGGUACUCUGUAGGGAUCCCUCCCCGAAGGGGUCUCCCCCUUCCCUGGAGAACGGAGCUAGUAGGAUGCUCCUGGAUGACUUGGGGGAUAUUCCUGUUCUCAACCCAACCAACCAGCCAUGGAGAUAUGUCACUCGCCGUGGAAGUCGAAGAAAGCGUCCUCUGGCAAUGAGGGCCUCCUUGGAGAUGUUAAGCCCAUACCGGACACAGACCAGAAACGGCUUUGCCGCCCUGGAUCCAGAGGUUCCGGCGCCUUCAUCUCGGUUCCCAGUGCAAAAACCUUGUGCUACCCAGGAGCAUGAGUACAGGACAUUACAAGGCUGCUUCCGACCGUUCUACGAAUGCUGCCAUGGGCUGAUGCUGUUGUUGUCCAUGUGGGGUCAAACGACAUCAGGAGGGCUAGCUCGUAACUUCUGAAAAUUGAUUUGAAAGAACUGAUUCUAGCACUGAAAGAUUCCAAAAAAAGUGGCCAAUAAUUUCAGGUCCGGUACCAUCGUUGGGCCGUGGGUUGAAUGAUUCAGCAGGCUAUUGGCAUUACACACCUGGCUAAAAGAUUACUGUAGCUCUGUUGGAAUCACUUUUAUAGAUAACUUUGACACCUUCUGGAAACAGAAGAUACUCUACAGGAAUGGCGGAGUCCAUCGGAUUAGUCUUGGCUCCUGGUCUCUGUCCACACAUUUCAAGGCUGCGUUGAGACAAUGACUUGUCAAUGACCCAAGUCCAGCUCAGUUAAUCCCUACCAUUGUGAUGCUGAGUUGCCAUAAUGCUGCAUCAAAUGUACAUUAUCCCAGGGGUGUUAGCAGUAGCACAAUUUAUGUCCCCCUAACUGCCCUGAAUUCCUAACUGCACUCUGUUGAUCCUACAGCGAUUGUAUGCAGUAAUCAUGUGCCAAUGAACCAGAGUUACACUAUUAGCAUUGAGGUGGAGUGCCCUAGUAGGAAGUCCACUGGGUGCAGCUCACCAUGUGCUAUCAUCUCCAAUAUAAAUAACAUAAGCAAGUCUACUUCUGAUAAGCUUCCCAGUAAAACAUUAAAAACAAUCAAGCUACCCAGAAAAGUGCAAAAAAUAGCCCAUAUGAACAUAUGUAGCCUAAGAAAAAAGGUUAAUGAAGUCAAUAAUUUGCUUGUAACAGAUGACAUUCAUACUCUGACUAUCUCUGAAACUCACUUAGAUAAUACAUUUGAUGAUACAGUGGUAGCAAUACAUGGUUAUAACAUCUACCGAAAAGGCAGAAAUGCCAAUGGGGGAGGUGUUGUGGUCUAAAUUCAGAACCACAUUCCUGUAAAGCUUAGAGAGGAUCUCAUGUUAAAUACUGUUGAAGUAAUAUGGCUACAGGUUCAUCUGCCUCACCUAAAGCCCAUUCUUGUGGGAAGCUGCUAUAGACCACCAAGUGCUAACAGUCAGUAUCUGGAUAAUAUGUGUGAAAUGCUUGAUAAUGUAUGUGAUAUCAACAGAGAAGUAUAUUUUCUGGAUGAUUUAAAUAUUGACUGACUUUCAUCAAGCUGCCCACUCAAGAAAAAACGUCAAACUGUAACCAGUGCCUGCAACCUGGUUCAGAUUGUCAGUCAACCUACCAGGGCUACAGCACAGGAAUGAAAUCAUCAACAUGUAUUGAUCAUUACUAAUGCUGCAUAAAUGUGCUUUAAAGCAGUAUCCAUAGGAUGUAGUGAUCACAAUAUAGUAGCCAUAUCUAGGAAAUCCAAAGUUCCAAAGGCUGGGCCUAAUAUAGUGUAUAAGAGGUCAUACAAUAUGUUUUGUAGUGAUUCUUAUGUUGAUGAUGUAAAAAAUAUUUGCUGGUCUGUGGUGUGUAAUGAGGAGCAACUAGACACUGCACUUGACACAUUUAUGAAAUUGCUUAUUUCAGUUAGUAAUACACACGCACCCAUUAAGAAAAUGAAUGUAAAAACUUCUAAAUCCCCUUGUAUUGAUGAGGAAUUGAAAAAUUGUACGGUUGAGAGGACGAGGCAAAAGGUAUAGCAAAUAAGUCUGGCAGCACAACCGAUUGGCAAACGUACUGCAAAUUGAGAAAUCAUGUGACUAAACUAAAUAAAAAUAAAAAUAAACUAUACUAUGAAACAAAAACAAAUGAUAUAAAGAAUGAUAGUAAAACGCUUUGGAGCACCUUAAAUGAAAUACUUGGGAAAAAAGGCUAACUCGGAUCCGUCAUUGUCACGUUCGUUGAAGGACGGGACAGACCAAGGCGCAGCGUGAUAUACGUACAUGUUUAUUAACAUAAUAAACACUCGACAAAACAAUAAACGAAACGAAACGUGAAGUCCAAGGUAGCACACACAACAUACCUUACAAGGAACAAGAUCCCACAACCCACUAGUGCCAAUAGGCUGCCUAAGUAUGGUCCCCAAUCAGAGACAACGAGCGACAGCUGCCUCUGAUUGGGAACCACACCGGCCAACAUAGAUAUAUACAUACUAGAAUAACACCCAUUGAAAACGCACAACAAAGAAUAUACACACCCUGACUCAACAUUUAAGCGUCCCCUGAGUCAGGGCGUGACAGUCAUUCAUUGAAUCAGAUGGCUCAUUCAUCACAAAACCCACUGAUAUUGCCAACUACUUUAAUGAUGUUUUCAAUGGCAAGAUUAGAAAAUGUAGUUAUGGCAUGCCAGCAACAAACGCUGACACUACACAUCCAAGUAUAUCUGAACAAAUUAUGAAAGACAAGCAUUGUACUUUGGAAUUCCGGAAGAAGUGAAAAAAUUAUUGUUGUCUAUCAACAAUGACAAGCCACUGGGCUCUGACAACUUGAAUGGAAAAUUUCUGAGGAUAAUAGCGGACGAUAUUGCCACUCCUAUUUGUCAUAUCUUCAAUUUAAGCCUACUAGAAAGUGUGUGCCCUCAGGCCUGGAGGGAAGCAAAAGUCAUUCCGCUACCCAAGAAUAGUAAAGCCCCCUUUACUGUGUGACACGUACUGAGUAUACGAAGAGGCAGGACGCAGAUGCAGGAAUUAACAAGGUCAAGGUUUACUAAACAAUGAUAAAGAGAAAUAAGAAAGAGAGCGUAAACGACACGAAGCUUAACAAUCACACACAACAUCAUCCAGAACAGUCCAGGGCUAAAUAGGGGUGGUGAUGAGAUGAUGAGGUGCAGGUGCGCUGGAGGUGAUUAGGGUGCGUAGGAUUUCCUUUCCGGUGUUGCCAAGGUGGUGCGCUCAGACCGGUGGCUCAGUAGACCGGCGAAUCAGAGCACCGGAGGGGAGCAACGGGAGGAGACGUGACAUACUGGCUCAAAUAGCCGACCAAUCAGCCUGUUACCAACCCUUAGUAAACUUCUGGAAAAAAUGGUGUUUGACCAGAUACAAUGCUAUUUUACAGUAAACAAAUUGACAACAGACCUUCAGCACGGUUAUAAGGAAGGACAUUCAACAAGCAUAGCACUUACACAAAUGACUGAUGAUUGGCUGAGAUAAAUUGAUGAUAAAAAUAUUGUGGGGGCUGUUUUGUUAGACUUCAGUGUAGCUUUUGACAUUAUCGAUCAUAGUGUGCUGCUGGAAAAACUUAUGUGUUAUGGCUUUACACCCCCUGCUAUAUUGUGGAUAAAGGGUUACCUGUCUAACAGAACACAGAGGGUGUUCUUUAAUGGAAGCCUCUCCAACAUAAUAUAAUAUAAUAAUCCAGGUAGAAUCAGGAAUUCCCCAUGGCAGCUGUCUAGUCCCCUUACUUUUUUCAAUCUUUACUAACGACAUGCCACUGGCUUUGAGUAAAGCAAGUGUGUCGAUGUAUGCGGGUGACUCAACACUAUACACGUCAGCUACUACAGCGACUGAAAUGACUGCAACACUUAACUAACUGCAGCUCUUUGUUUCAGAAUGGGUGGAAUAAGUUAGUCCUAAAUAUUUCCAAAACUAAACGCAUUGCAUUUGGGGCAAAUCAUUCACUAAAACCUAAACAUCAACUGAAUCUUGUAAUGCAAGUUGAGGUGACUAAACGGCUUGGAGUAACCCUGGAUUGUAAACUGUCAUGGUCAGAACAUAUUGAUACAACAGUAGCUAAGAUGGGGAGAAGUCAAAUCAAAUCAAAUCAAAUCAAAUUUGAUUGGCCACAUGCGCCGAAUACAACAGGUGCAGACAUUGCAGUGAAAUGCUUACUUACAGCCCUUAACCAACAGUGCAUUUCUUUUUAAUAAAAAAAGUUAAAUAAAACAUUAACAAAAAAGUGUUGAGAAAAAAAGAGCAGAGGUAAAAUAAAAUAACAGUAGGGAGGCUAUAUAUACAGUGGGGUACUGGUGCAGAGUCAAUGUGCGGGGCCACCGGCUAGUUGAGGUAGUUAAAGUAAUAUGUACAUGUGGGUAGAGUUAAAGUGACUAUGCAUAAAUAAUUAACAGAGUAGCAGCAGCGUAAAAAGAUGGGGUGGGGGGCAGUGCAAAUAGACCGGGUAGCCAUGAUUAGCUGUUCAGGAGUCUUAUGGCUUGGGGGUAGAAGCUGUUGAGAAGUCUUUUGGACCUAGACUUGGCACUCCGGUACUGCUUGCCGUGCGGUAGCAGAGAGAACAGUCUAUGACUAGGGUGGCUGGAGUAUUUGACAAUUUUGAGGGCCUUCCUCUGACACCGCCUGGUAUAGAGGUCCUGGUCUGUCCAUAAUAAAGCACUGCUCUGUCUUCUUAACAACACUAUCAACAAGGCAGGUCCUACAGGCCCUAGUUUUGUCGCACCUGGUCUACUGUUCAGUAGUGAAGAGGGAAAAUUACAAUUGGCUCAGAACAGGGCAGCACGGCUGGCACUUAAAAGUACACGUGAAGCUAACAUUAAUGAUAUGCAUGUCAAUCUCUCAUGGCUUAAAGUGGACGAGAGAUUGACUUCAUCACUACUUGUAUUUGUGAGAAGUGUUGACAAGCUGAAUGUACCGAGCUGUUUGUUUAAACUACUAGCACCGGACACCCAUGCAUACCCCACAAGACAUUCCAGAGAUCUCUUCACAAUCCUCAUGUCCAGAACAGACUAUGGGAGGCGUACAGUACUACAUAGAGCCAUGACUACAUGGAACUCUAUUCCACAUCAGGUAACUGAUGCAAGCAGUACAAUCAGAUUAAAAAAACAGAUUAAAAUACACUUUAUGGAACAGCGGGGAUUGUGAAGAGACACACACAAAGGUACAGACACACGCAUACGCACUCAAGCACUAGCACACGCACUCUACACACAUGUACAUUGUAAUAUUGUUGUGUGGUGAUAUUAUACGUUUUUUUGUAUUGUAGAUGUGUAGUGGUGUAAUAUUGUUAUUUGAUGUACUGUUUUAUAUUUUGUUUUAGGAACCUUGGCAGCAGCUAAUGGGGAUCCCUAAUAAAUACAAAUAAAUACAAAUACAACCAUUUUUAUCAGAAUGUGGGCUGGCCCUCCUUGAAGUCUCAUAGAUGGAUUUUGUCCAUAAAGCCCUCUUGCAUAAAUGUCUGCCAUACCUUACCUCAUUGCUAGCCUAUAGAUUUACAGGCUACCGGACCGGGGCUCAGCGAUAGCUAACUCUGGAGAUCCCUUCGAUCUCCACUGGGUUGGGUAGAUCUGCUUUUAGUUUUUUUGCACCUCUGUCGUGUAAUGAUCUACAAUACACUUUAAAAUUGGAGGAAUUGGUGUCUCUAGGGCAUUUCAGACGGUUGUUAGGGGUCUUUUUCACUGAACAAUUUUUCUGUUUUUUUAUGAUUGUGUUUUGCUUUUUGUGUGUUGUUGUGUAUAAUAACAUGUAUAUGAAUGUGUAGUGUAAAGGCUCAUCUGGAAAAUAGAUCUUGGUCUCAGCAUUGACUCCCUCUCAAAAUAAAGGUUAAAUAAAAAUAGACAUAUGCUGUACAAAUAUCAUACACUCUCAGAAAUAAAGGAUUUUUUUCUUAAAGGGGUGCAACCACUUGUCACUGGGGUGGUGCCCUGUAAGGUCAUCCUUUGUACCUAUAGUUAUAGGUAAAUAAUUGUAUCCCAGUUCAUACCUCAGAUAUUACCUUUCUGUAGUCCACAGGCUUUUAGAAAAGGUAAAUGUUGUCUUUAAAGAGUACCAACACAGUGACAAAGCCAUAUGUUCUUGGUACGUGACAAAAACGUACCUCUACCAUAGACCAGUUAAAGUGGUACAACACUUCCACUCACGGGUGUCCAACAAUAACUAACUGAAAGCCACGCCCCCAAUAAAUCAAGCCGCCAAUAUAAUUUCCCAGUGUGCCUUGCCUUUUCGAGUGAAUUGUAGAGUUACCACCCAUGACUGUAUUUGUUAGUGACAGAGACAUGGUUGUUGAAUUUGUUCAUUUUCAGUCCUGUGAGUUCCUAGGUGUAUGUUAUUAUUCAAAUUAGUCUCUUUAUGACAUUACAUAUCGCAUAAGGCCUUAUUUUCAAGUUUUCCCCAAAUACAGUGGCCUGAAACCCAUGGUUUACAAAAUUCCCAGAUUUUCAAGAAAUCCUGGUUGAAGGAUUUCCUGCUUAUUCCCUCCUGUUUCCAGUAAUCUACCAACUGGAAUUUUUGAAAAACCUGGGAAAGUUACCAUGAUUUCAGUAACGGGUGCAUAAAAUCGUAGUUAGUUUAGGUACAUUUAUCUUAUUUAUCUUUGUGUAGUUUAAGAUUAAUAAAUGAAUCAAUGUACAUGCAAAAACACAGAUAUUAAAAGCAAUUGCACAAAAUCUACCUGCAGUAGAGCAUGCUGGGAAAUAUGGUAAUGAUAAUGAUUAUGGUACAAAUGUGCCUUUUUAGGGUACCAACCCAGUGACAAAUCCGUUAGUUCCCUUUAGGUGGCAAACAUGUAUCAUUGUACCUUAUUGAGGGUACAAAAGUUCAGAAAUGUACCUUCACAUCGUACCCCUUUUUUUGAGAGUGAGAGUGUGUUUAUUGUACCUUUAUAUUCAAAAUAUUGGGUACAAAAAUGUACCCUUAUACUCAUUAUCCGCACAUGUACCCUAAAAGGUACUGAACAGUACUGUGCCCUAAUGUGUAUUUUGAUAUUUUUGUAUCCCAGGGAACAGUACUGCACUCUAACCAUACCCUUAUUACUAAGAGUGUAAAUAUAUUAACAAUCUAAAAUGUCUUUGUAAUCUCCUCCCUAGGUGUUAAGGUGGAGGAGGCGGUGUCCACUGGAGGCGGCAGCAUGAAAUGCACAGUGUGUGACCACACAGCAGACUCUCUCCCCAGCCUCCAGCAGCACAUUCUCUCCCACCUGUCUCAGACAGGCUACCGGUGCUCCCACUGCCACUUCAACUUCACCUCCCCCAGAGAACUGGACAAGCACCACGAGAUCCACGGACACAGUCACAGCCCACUCAGACAGCUCAGUCAGGCCGAUACAGAGUGCUCUCCCAAGGGGGGCAGCAGCGUGGAGAGGAGACCCCAGCAGGCCAAGAUGGAGCAGGGGAGGGAGCUCCUUCAGAGCCCAGUGCUGGGUAGCAGCCUUGACACCAGGACCAGUCCCAAUGCGGAGCUGGAAAAGAUAGAGACUUCCCCAGUGAAAGCUGAUCCUAACUCAGGAAGCAGAGCUAGUUUCUCCUACACCAGUGUCAAAUCGGAGCCCUCCAGCCCUCGCCAGGCGUCCUCGCCCAUCCAGAACAACAUGGGCCCCGCUGCUUUCCCCAUGGGGCCGUUCUUAUCCCAUUUCCCCUUCUCACAGGACAUAACAGCUGCCCCCCAGGCCUCGGAGAUCCUGGCUAAGAUGUCCGAGUUGGUCCACCGUAGACUGAGGCAUGGAGGUACUAACCACUACCCUGCUCAUGUCAUGUACAGCAACCUUGUCCCCAAAGGGGCCACGUGUUUCGAAUGCAAUAUCACUUUCGGGAACUUGGACAACUACUUAAUUCAUAAAAAGCACUACUGUAAUAGUGGUUGGCAGCACGUGGCCAAGCCACAUGAUUACGCCAGUGUCCUGGACAAAGUGACCGAUACAGGGAGCCCUAAAAGUGGGGGUUUGGGUGGGUUGGGCAGCCUAAACAUGGGUCAGGGUCAUCUAUCUGACCCCAACAGUCAUCUCACUUCCCCCCGCCUGAACCUGUCAGGACUAGACCUGUUCAAGGUUGGGGAGGGGAAGGCACAGGUACAGGCUGAGCUCCCAGGUACUGUGAAGAACCCCUCCACCCCCACCAGAACAGAUGAGAACCCCUCUAUACAGGGAGACGUGACAAGUCCCAAAAUGUCUCAAACGCCAAAGACAGAAAUCUUAGACCCUAACAAGACAACGUGUGAACCCUGUAAGAUCACCUUCAGUCGUACAGAGACCUAUAUGGUUCACAAGCAGUAUUACUGCGCCACGCGUCAUGACCCGCCCAUGAAACGAGCGCACGGCAACAAACUGCCCGCCACCCAGAGAACAGUGCGUACACGGAAACGGAGGAAGAACUUCGAAAUGAACGGUCCCAACCACGAACAACAGAGGUCUUCCAUGAAUCAUCAUCCACGUUACUUUGGGAUAGCACCCAUUGGAGGACCAGGCAUGUACCAAGACCCAGGGGAGAUAUUCGGUAACCAGUUUCACCCCAGGUACAUGUUCCUUGGCAUGGUUCCUAAGCAUCCAGAGGCUAAUCUCCCUUUCACAAAAUCAGCUCUGAUAUCUAAGUGCAAUGCCAUAGCGCAAGAUGAACUGGACAGCCCUAUUGAUCUCAGUAAAAAGUGUUCAUCAUCAAGCCCUGGUAAAUUAUCUACCACCCAUAAAAGACUCAUGGACUAUCACGAGUGCACAGUGUGCAAGAUCAGCUUCAACAAAGUGGAAGACUACCUUGCGCACAAACAGAGCUCUUGCCCAGUCACUGCUCCAGAUCACAAAACAUCUGCGGUCGUAAAAAGAGGAGGGUUUAACAACCCAGUAGAUGACAAUGAUACAAACUUGGAGAAAUGUGUCACCAAUGGAGCCAAUGAGGUGUUGUUUCAAAUAGGUAGCACUAAGGGGGAUCAGCUCGCUGUCAUCAAAGAGGAAAGCAUGGACGAGUUUCUGUCGCAAGAAUUUAACCCUCCUUUAUUUAAGAAAAUGAGACGUGAUGAACAGAUUUCACCCUUUCUUGGAAUCAAGCCUGCCGACUACACCACAGAUACAGUGGUGAUGCAGAGAGAGCUCAGCGAGCAGAGACAAAGCCCCAAUGAAGGGAGUGAGGUGGAAAAAAAUCAGCCUAUGCCUGAUGGCUACCAGGAAACACAAGGUGUUUUGCCCCAAAAUGGCCGCCAGGGGCCUGAGGACAUGGUCAUAGACACAGAAAACACACUCCAGGACAACAAGCUUGUUAACUCUCAUCUCCCAGACAGCCACGUAUCAUCCUUGUCAGAUUCAGAGAGUCCUUUCAGUGUCAACUCCAAGAAGAGCACUUCCUCAUCUUUAUCCUCCCCAGUAGUUUCAAAGACAGAGGAGGUCCUAACUUCCUGUGUGAAAAGAGGCCUGAACGACUCCAUCCAGGCAACACAGGGUAAUGUCAAAUACUGCCGCCCCUGCGACAUCCAGUUCAACAACCUGUCCAACUUCAUAACGCACAAGAAGUUCUACUGCUCGUCACACACCGCUGAGCACGUCAAAUGA